AUGGCUAAUAUGUCUGAAGCUAUAGCUAAAUCUGUGUCAGUGGCCAUUGCUAACACCAUGGCUCCUAAAAAAGCUGAUAUACAAAUGUUCAGUCAGACCCCCCAAGUGGGAGAUAAUGUGAAAGAUGGAGUAAAAUCAGGCAAGGCCCUUCAGAAAAGGCGCCAUUGUGACGGUCAUGCUCUCCGUAACUCGGAGGAUUCAAAACUUAGAUAUUUCCAAUCUAUGCAAGACCAAGACCAUAAUGACUCGCUCCAGCCUAUGAGCAGCAUACAUACAUGUGUCGCUAAAUCACACAUAAGACCCUCUCAGGAGGAAGAAUUAAUUAGGCCUAAAAGGCCAAGAAUGAAACCUGACUCCUUUCACAGUACUUCCAGUAGUGAGUCAGAUGACUCUUAUGUAGACAAAACCUCCAAAUUACAAGACACUGCUUCAGAUUCUGAUGGUUCUGACAGCGAUUAUGACCCCGAUAAAAGGGAAGUUGACACCGAUAUUUCUUCCCUAAGGGAUGAAGCUGGUGACCUAAUGUUUGACCCAGAUACUCUCCGCCAUCCUCGCUCUCUGGCUUGGAAGCCAGAUGCACAUAUUACAAAAUACUUAACAGCGUGGAUACGCAAACCUAUGGAGAGAAAUACCAGAAAUAAAUUAAGGGCUGAAUGCCCUAGACCCUUAUUGGAGGACAAAUUGGAGCAGACCCCUAUCGUUGAUGCUCCUAUUGUUCAAUAUUUAUCUAAAACUGGUAAAGACCCCAGAAAGGGUAUUGACCGUUCUCUUAGAAGUUGUCAGGAUAAACUCCUGGACAUAUUAGGCCCUCUGACUAAAAUAUUUGAGUUAGUGGAACAGGCUAGACUUUCUCAUUCUGCUCUAGAUGCAGAUAUUUUAAGUGGCUGGAUUCAGAGAGCCAUUUGUCUUUUUGGUAAUGCUAAUUCAGCUUUAUCCAGUGAAAGAAGACGAUCCCUCUUACUCAGAUUGGAUCCUCAAUUGUCAUCAUUGUCAACUAAGGAACCUGGACCGUCAGCCCAGGGUAACCUUUUUGGAGACUCUUUUGUGAAAGAGUUAGGGAAAUUCGUUAAUACAUUUACAUCAUUUGAUAAAGCAAAGUCAUCUCUUAAAAGAGUGUUUUCCCAGAAGGUUUUUGACAGGGCUGGUAAAGGAAGGAACCGCUUUGCCGGCAGAUCCAUGUCUUCCCACAAUGUGGGCAGAGGUUCCAGAAACUAUUGGCAAUCCCAACAUCAACAAGAACCACGGGAGAGAAAUACAUUUCUCCAAUCUAGAGGGAUUUCCUGGAGACAGAGAGGUGGUAGACGGUGGCAAAAGCCUAGAUCUUUUUCAGGUUUUCUCAGCAAUCUCUUUCUAGUAAAAAAGAAAGAUGCAGGUUACCGUCCAGUCAUAAACCUCAAAGAUCUGAACAGAUGGGUUACCUAUCAACAUUUCAAGAUGGAGGGUAUUCACAAUCUAAGAGACCUUAUCCUUCCAGAAGAUUGGUUAACGAAGAUAGACUUACAGGACGCAUACCUGACGGUUCCUAUACAUGUGCCGCACCAAAGAUUCCUACAGUUUCAAUGGAAGAACGUCAAAUACCAAUUCACAUGUCUACCAUUCGGCCUAACAUCAGCCCCUUGGUGUUUCACAAAGUUAAUGAAACCAGUGAUCUCCCUGUUAAGAAGCAGAGGAAUUCGGCUGAUUAUCUACCUAGACGACAUUCUCAUCAUGUCUCAAAGCGAGCAUCAGGGACGAAUUCACACUCAAUGGACCAUCAAAACUCUUACCAGCUUGGGUUUCGUCAUAAACCAAGAGAAGUCGGUGUUGAUUCCUCAGCACCAAUUGGAGUUUCUCGGGUUUUCCGUAAACUCCAUACAUGCUUCGUUAAGUCUUCCGACCUCCAAACUCAGCCUCAUAAAGAAGGAAAUUCGAUCAGUUCUAUCAAAGGGUUUAGUCUCAUUGAGAAAAAUUGCAAGAAUUAUAGGAAUGCUGUCAGCUUCGAUUCAAGCUAUUUUCCCAGCGCCUCUCCACUAUCGUGCUCUGCAAAGGUUCAAGAACCGUCAUCUCCAAGCAGGUCGAAUCUACCAAGACCUAGUACCUCUUACGGUCGAAGCAAGAGAGGAACUUCUUUGGUGGCUGAAACACGUAGAUGCAUGGAACGGCAAGGCCAUUUUCAGUUCUCUUCCGGACAUCGUCAUAGAGUCAGACGCCAGUCAACUCGGUUGGGGAGCGCGCUGCGGAUAUCGAACAACGGGAGGCAGAUGGUCUUCUCAGGAAGUAGAUCUUCACAUCAAUUGCCUGGAGCUUCUAGCGGGAUCCUUUGCCCUAAAGUCCUUUGCAAAGGACAAAGUGAACUGUUGCGUGUUACUCAAAAUGGACAAUGUAUCUGCGGUAAGAUACAUAAACCGUCUGGGGGGUACUCGCUCGAGACCUUUGACCGAAUUGGCAAAAGAUUUCUGGCAUUUUUGCUUGGAUCGUGGCAUCACGAUUCAGGCAGAAUAUAUUCCAGGUCUUUUGAACACGGUAGCAGACUGGAACUCCAGAUAUUUAAAGGAUUCCAGCGACUGGAGACUGCACCAAUCCAUUUUCCAACGACUAGCGGAUCUCUGGGGCCCCUUCCAGGUAGAUCUGUUUGCGUCCAGGUUGAACGCCCAAUUGCCCAAGUUCUUCAGUUGGAGACCAGAUCCGGAAGCCCUAGCAGUGGACGCUUUUCUGCAGGAUUGGUCUCGGGAUCUACAUUAUGCGUUCCCACCGUUUUGCAUGAUUCCCAGAGUUGCAUCGAUGGUCAGAACACAGAAGGCUACCAUAGUCCUCAUCACCCCGUUAUGGCAAUGA